GACCGCGCAGUGUUGAUUUUUUAAAUAUAUGUGUACUGGAUGAUAUCAAGGAUAUAAUACAUUUCAUAUCGUUGGUAGCACUUGUGGUCUGUCUUGCAGUAACAAUGGGAUGCAGCAUAUUCGCGCUGAUCUGCGGCCUUGCUUUUAUUUUUCUUGUCCUCCACCCCGUCUGUGGAGACGUGAGCUACUCUAUUCCGGAGGAGAUGAAACGUGGAUCUGUAAUUGGAAAUAUCGCUAAGGAUCUGGGACUUGAUGUGGGCAGACUGUCUGCUCGCAAGGCCCGUAUCGAUACUGAGGAUAACAACGUCCAGUACUGCGGAGUAAAUCUCAACACCGGAGACCUGAUCGUACAAGAAAGGAUUGACAGAGAGGGGCUUUGUGCGAAAAGGGCAUCAUGUGUUGUAAAACAGGAACUCGUGCUGGAAAACCCAUUAGAGCUGCACCGUGUUAGUAUCCGCGUUCAAGAUAUUAACGACAAUUCACCUCAGUUUAAAGAGGAGACGCUUAAAAUUGAAAUUCAGGAAUCGGCAGUCAAGGGUGCUCGUUUUCUUCUGGGAGAGGCACACGAUGGAGACAUCGGAGAAAAUGCUGUUCAGGGCUACUCACUACAGCAGAAUAAUCAUUUCAAACUAAAUGUAAACAUGAAAUCUGGCGGACGGAAGCACUGCGAGUUAGUGUUAGACAAAGAAUUAGACAGAGAGGACAAAAAAGAGAUUUUGUUGUUGCUUACCGCAUUUGAUGGCGGCUCUCCUCAGAGAUCAGGUACUGUAAUCAUACACGUCACUGUGCUGGAUGCUAAUGAUAAUGUACCAGUGUUCAGCCAGGCCGUUUAUAAAGCCAGUUUACCAGAAAACUCUGCUGUAGAUACACUGGUGAUCAGAGUGAGUGCUACUGAUGCAGAUGAAGGUAUAAAUAGCGAAAUUACUUAUGAGUUUGAUCAUGUUUCAGAUGAAAACAACAACGCGUUUUCUUUAGACUGUAAAUCGGGAGAGGUGAGAGUAGCUGGAGCUAUUGAUUAUGAGAAAGUGUCAUCAUAUGAAAUGCAGAUAAGUGCAAAAGAUGGUCUGGGAUUAGUUUCAUACGCAACAUUAAUCAUUGAUAUUACGGAUAUAAAUGACAAUGCCCCAGUGAUAUAUCUGAAAUCACUGACUAACCCCAUACCUGAGAAUGUGUCACCUGGUACAGAGGUGGGCAUCAUUAACGUGCAGGAUAGAGACUCUGAGAAUAACAGACAGGUCCGCUGCUCCAUUCAGCAAAACGCCCCUUUUAAGUUGGUUCCUUCUAUUAAAAACUAUUAUUCUCUGGUGACCACAGGACAACUGGACCGUGAAGUAGUGUCUGAUUACAACAUUACAAUCACUGCCACUGACGAGGGCUCUCCACCUCUGUCCUCCUCUAAAACUGUUGAGUUAUCUGUAGCAGACAUCAACGACAACCCACCUGUGUUUGAGGAACAGUCGUACAGCGCAUAUGUGAGUGAAAAUAACAAACCUGGCUCCACUUUAUGUUCCGUUAGUGCUCGAGACCCCGACUGGAGACAAAACGGUACAGUGAUUUAUUCUCUGUUACCCGGUGAGGUGAACGGUGCCCCGGUGUCCUCCUAUGUGUCUGUUAACGGAGACACGGGGGUGAUCCACGCUGUGAGGUCGUUUGAUUAUGAACAGUUCAGGAGUUUUAAAGUCCACGUGAUGGGCAGAGACAACGGUUCUCCUCCGCUGAGCAGCAACGUGACCGUCAGUGUGUUCAUAUCGGAUGUGAAUGACAACUCUCCUCAGAUACUGUACCCCGGGCCGGAGGGCAACUCCUUCAUGACCGAGCUGGUCCCCAAAGCUGCACACGGAGGCUCUCUGGUGUCCAAAGUGAUAGCGGUGGACGCGGACUCCGGACAGAACGCCUGGCUGUCCUAUGAUAUAGUGAAAUCCACUGAUCCGGGCCUUUUCACUAUUGGUGUCCACAGCGGAGAGAUCAGGACACAGCGGGACAUUUCCGAGUCUGACAGCAUGAAACAGAACCUGAUUGUGUCAGUGAAAGAUAACGGACAGCCCUCUCUGUCUGCCACCUGUUCCAUGUAUUUACUGAUUUCUGAUAACUUGGCUGAGGUGCCAGAACUGAAGGACAUUUCUUAUGAUGAGAAGAAUUCCAAACUGACGUCUUAUCUGAUCAUCGCGCUGGUGUCUGUGUCGACGUUUUUCCUGACCUUCAUCAUCAUCAUCCUGGGUGUGAGGUUUUGUCGCAGGAGAAAGCCCAGACUGUUGUUUGAUGGAGCAGUUGCCAUCCCCAGCGCUUAUCUCCCUCCUAAUUACGCAGAUGUUGACGGCACAGGAACUUUACGCAGCACUUACAAUUAUGACGCCUACCUGACAACAGGUUCAAGAACCAGUGACUUUAAGUUCGUGUCAUCUUACAAUGACAACACACUGCCUGCUGACCAGACUCUGAGGAAAAGUCCAUCAGACUUUAAUGAUGCCUUUGGAGAUAGUGAUGCUUCACCUGAGGUAGGGAUACAUUUUAGAUUAUUCAGCUGGCGUUCAUAG